CUUGCUCUCAUUCGGGCACACACACUCUCGAGGGAGACUGAAAUGCCAUUCAUACACCAGACCCAGUCCGCCGCCAAUCGCUUCAGCCACGCCGAUACGGACCCUGUACCACCUUGUCCGCUCACCUGCAGCAGCCCGAGCCAGCCAUCGAGCUCCCCUCCCCCGCGAUCGCUACCCCUCCCUUCAUCGUGUAAGCUCAGCAUCAUCUCAGCAUUCGGAGUGAGAGGAUGUCUUGAUUAUAGAGUACGAUCUUUGCUUCCAUUCGUGAGGGCCGCGGCCCGUGGCGUUUUUGCGCUAGUAUUCACCUUGCUGUAGACGCAUGGCCAACACGUACGCACGCCCCCGCCAGCUCCUCAUCUCAUCUCAGCCGGCCGGAAGCAGGAGUCCUUCCAGGGCCUGACGACAAGGUUUCCAGAGCGGGCAAGUGCAAAGCCUGCUAAAGGGU